AUGGUUUUUUUUGCAUUGAACCAAGCUGAUGUAACAAAAAUACCAAGACAUCUUGUUGUGAACCGAUGGACAAAAGGUGCUGAGAUGAGGCAUUCAUUACAGUUCAAGGAAAUAUCAGAACAGUGCAAUGCAAUUGAAGUUACAAAUUGCAAGUUGAAUGACAUAUGGUAUGAUUUCCAAUCCUGUGUGAGUUUGGCAGGUUUAGAUGGUGAGAGACUUGACUACCUGGAAGGGAAGUUGAAGGAGUUGAAGCACAGUUUGCGUGAAUCUAGUUGGAAAUCUGACACACAGAACAAAAAUGAUGUAAUGGAGUUUUUUGUUGGCUCAAAAAUACCACCGGAAGUGAUCGUUAAACCUCCCAUUAAAGGUAGAAACAAGGGGUGUGGACGGAGAAUUGUUGGUGAUUAUGAAAAAUCAAUUAGUCAACGAAAGAAGAAGGUGCCAAGGCUGUGUAAUAUGUGCAAAAAAAUCGAUUUCCAUGACGCACGGACAUACCCAUUAAAGAAAACAAUACAUCAAAGUGAUGUUUAA